GUGACAUAAAAUAAUUUAUUUUGUGAAAUAUUAUUUUGUGACAAAUUCUAUUUGAUAAAAUUCAUACAAAGACAUAAAUCUUCUGAAAUUUAUUUUCAACUUAGAUUGAGAGAAUUUCAUGUUUUAUAUGGUAGAAACCCAUGUUUUAUAUGGGAUGAGUUUUUAUCGAUGGGAGAAACAUGAGUAAAAAUUCUAUCAAUCAAAUUAGGAGCCGAUUGAUCGAUUGAAAAGUGAAACACAAAAUAACGAUGCCGAGAUUUUUCAAGCGUUCGGCUAAAGUACCGAUAACGAAUUGUCAACAAAAUAACAAUGACAAAAAUGAAUCCUGCGCAGAUACAUAUCGAAUUCGAUCGAGUAAUCAGCCCUUGGAUAUCACCAACCAAAAUAGAUUGAUUAAAAACGAAUCAAAUGCAGAUCAGUUGGAAGAUUUGACUUCAUCAGUUAGUGAUCGUGUGUCGCUUUUUGUGAACGGAAUCUUUGGUAAAAUGGGUAAAAAUCGGCGUAAAAACAAACUCAAUCAGCAGCCAAUUCAACAGCAGCAGCAAUAUCAUCAACAAUCACAUUUGAAAAGAGUUCAUAUGAAAAGCGAUAAACAGUCACAUGGGAAAAGUCAAAAUAAAACAACAACCGAAAAUAAUCACGUAUCAAUUAAUGCGAAAAUCAAAAGUGAGAUAAAUUUGUAUGGGAGUGAUGGUGGCAUUUAUGAUGACGAUCAUAUCGAGAACAAGUUACAACGUAAAUUACAGGAUAGUAAUAUUAAUAUUAGCCCGAAGAUUUUACAUAGCGACACCUUUAAUAUCAACGAAAAUGAACGCGUAAUUUGCAACAAUAACAUCAACUCAAAGUCAAAUCGAAUGAAAAGCGCAUCAGAUUGCAUUAAUACAAAUAACGCAAGCGAUUGUGAAGUAACGAAAAUCCGCAACGAAACGAUCGACGCUGUUGCGAAUGAGAGCGAAAAAAUAAUUGGUUCGUCAAACGAACGAAUAAUCAAAAAUAGCCCAAUCGCAGAGAAAGCAUUGCCGCAAUAUUCAUAUAUUCCAAUAGAUUCAUCUAUCAGCGGCAAAAAUAAGAAUUUCAGCCAAAUCGCAUGCAAACAAUUAUUGACGCCUCAAAGUAAUAAUCAUAUCUCAUCCAGUGUUGAUGCAAAUGAAGCGAAUAUCGCUGUCGAAAAUGUUGGUGGUGUUCAAAAAAAUUCAUAUAUAACCGUGAAUUGUUCAAUAGCAUCCAAUCAAAAACGUAUACAGCCAGUGGAAAAUUUAAAUUUUUUGUCACCAUAUUCACGCGAUUACGUACAGAGAACUGAAGAGAUCAAAUUUUUUAACGUAAUUUGCCAAAAAAAUCAACCAAUUCCAUGCAUUAAUAAAAACGGUACACGAACAACAAUGGGACAAUAUCAAUCAACGAGCACGAUUAACAAAUCGAAUAACAAUCCGAAACAACAAAUCAAUCCAAACUACACAAAGAAUAGAAACUCUGAGACGACCGUAACAAAUGCGAACAGCUACCCGAAAUUAAGCCAUGACGCAGCUACAAAAACAGCAACACCAACAGCACAAGCGCCGCAAUAUGAUAAAAAUAAAAUUAAUUUUUCGAAUGAAAUAAAUGAAAUAUUAGAAAGCGAAACGUCAUCAAAACAAUCCGGUAUAGAGCCAAAACUAGAGUCGAAGCUUCACCACAGUGAGUUGGUUGUCAGUAGAACGGCGACGAACGAGAUCAAGGAUAUGUUUUAUGAAACGUCGUCCGAUUUGAAUGAAAUAAAUUCAACUGUAUUUGAUUCGGACGAAAAAUCAGUGGUAUGGUCACAAUACACUGGUACUGCCACGAAAAAUGUAAACGAUAACACAAUUGUUCCUUACCUCGAAUCAAUUUCGAAUGGGACAAAAAACAAUAAUAAAACUGAUAUAAAAAUACAAAAAAAUGACAUAAAUUUCAAUGUCACAUCGAAUCAUAAUAACACAAUAACAUCCACAAAAGAAACCUUCGUUGUUCUAACAUCAAGUGAAAAUGAUUGCAAAUCAAAUGUGAGAAAUGAUGAUCAAAGUCAGAAAAGUUCAGUUGACACAAAUAUUCAAGGCAAUAGUGAGAGCGGAUGCGAUACCACUGAUUUUUACCCAUCAAAUUUAAACAAAAAUUGUGAACAAAGUGAAAAGCAAAUGGAGCAAAACGUAUUUUAUCGUGUCGAUAGUUACAAUAGCGAUGAUGCUCUUGAAUUAAGUGACGUCGAAGAAACGGUGAUCGAUCAGAAUGGCAAAGUGAUUGAAGUAAAAACUCUUUUUAGGCAAUGUGAUGGCCACGGUAAAAAGCAACAAAAUGAUUUGAAAUUCAAGAAAAACUGCAUCGACAAUAAAAUUGACGGCAUUCGUACGAUAAAUGGUCGAAGACGUUCAAAUAGUAUAACGGGUUCCCACGGUUCUCUUGGCAUUGAAAUUGUGGAGGUUGGUUUGAGCUCAAACCAAAUCGAAUAUGUACAACCGUUUGUUAACUUUUCUGAUGAAUCAAAUACGAUUAAAUUGUGUGAUCUACGCGAUAGCUUCAAAGCGACCGAAAAUGACCAUGCCAUCGACAUUGUUGAAAUUGUUGAAGAGAGUGAAAGUUGCAGUGACUAUGAAGAGAUUGACGAGGAAAUCGAAGAAGAGGAAACCGAGGAAGAAAUUCAAGAAGAGAAUGAAUUAGUUUCUGCUGCCGAUAAUAGUCUCAGUAGUGAAAGAACCAGCGAAAACAGUUUCAAUACACCAAAUGCAUUUAAAUCAAAUCCCAAUGGUCAAAGUAUCGAUAAUAUACAACAUUCGAUGCACUCAAAAACAAACCACCCAAAUAACGACAACGAUGUGAUAUGCGUUUUGGUUAAUGGCCAACCAACACGGUUUAGCGCCAAUACCAUUAAAUUUGAUCAAAUCACAAAUAUGGAACCAUUCAAACAUAGUAGAGUUAAUGAGCAUGAAUUUAACAAAAUGUCACAUAUUGAUAAAUCGAAAAAAGUUAUGAGUGAAAAAAUUAGUAACGAUAAAAGUAGUAGUAAUGUAUACGAAAAUUCAUCCGAACCAAUACAACAAAAGUCACAACACCCACUAAAGUAUUCCGACGAUGCAAUGCAUUUACCCGAUAUUGUUGUCGGUUCUACGCUUAUCGCAUCGAAUGGUAAUACUAAUGUUAAAAAUAUUACGUUGUCACGUAGCCUACCGAAAAUUGUCGUCAACGACAACACAUUGAAUAGCUGGACUAGUAACGAAGAAGAAACGGGCACGAUCAGCAACAGUACCGAUGAAAGCCUUGAAAUUGACGAUGAAGUUGAGGAGUUCAGCGGUGAUGAAAAACAGGAGAAAAGAUCAAAUGAAAACAUAUUACAUGCGAACAUAUUGAACAUCGAAAAAAAAAAUGAAUCAAACGAUAGUCAAAACAAAGUCGAGGGGAAACAGCAUGAACUUAACCUAUUGGCACAAGCCAAAAGCAAUGUGGCUGAGAGUGAACAGAAAAUAGUCGAGCUAACAUACAAAAUCAGUGAACUCGAACGAGACUUAACGGUGAAAGUAUGGAAUGUCGAACGCUUACAAGCAGAACUGGAAGCAACUUACAAGGAAUUAAAUUGUGUCAAAAUGAAACUUAAACUUCAAGAAGGUGACAUUGAUGCAUUGCGAUCAAGUUUUUCAGAGAAAGAAGAUGACUUUAACAUAAAAUACAAUAAUCUUCAAGCGGAUCAUAUUGAAAUGAAGCAAAAACUUGAUCAAAUGCAAUCAUUGGCAAUCUCAUUGCAAGUACAAUUGAGCACAGCUCAAAAUGAUUUGACCGAUAUACGUUCUGAAAAAGCGAAAUUAAAGAUCGAACGAGAUGUCGAACGUCAAGCUCUACAAGAUGCAUUGGACGCAGCAAUUAUUGAACGUGCCGAAAAUGAUGCAAAAUGGCAAAGAGAUUUCGAACAUAUGCGAACACUUAAUUCAGAUCGCGAAGAACUUUUACUACAAGACUGUGAAUGGAAGAUCAGAUCAACAGAAAGAGCAUGCAAAGAUCGAAUCAAUACAGCCGAGAAAGCAAAGCAGGAGGCAAUUGAGACAUCGGACAAAUUGGUAGCUGUAUCGCAAACGCAACAAGAUAAAAUCAAGCACUUAAAAACAUGUGAAGCAGAAUUAUCAGCACUACGUGGUCUCACAAAUGAACAACGUCAAGCUAUUACCUAUUUGACACAACAACUGGAAGAGAUGAAAUUAAAACUUGAUGAAACAACAGAACAACUCGAAGAGGCUACAAUGAAAAUUCACAAAAUAGCCGUUAAAUUUGCGUCCGAUUUGAGUGAUAAAGAUCGAGAAAUUAUCACACGAAUCGAUGAAGUGCGUUGUGAAGUGGCCGCCAUGUGGGAAGAUCGACUAUUGAAUGAGAUGUUGCGCUUAAAAGAUGAGUUGGAAACAUGCUUUGCUGAGGACCAUAUGGAAGCUGUACAAAAAGCACAAAGAGAGCAUAUGGAGGAUAUCGUUCAAUUAAAAGAAUCGUUUGCUUUCCGUGAAAAAAUAUUGAGUGAUGAGAUUGAAGCAAUUAAAGAAAAAUUGGUCGAUCGCAAUCGUCGCUUGGAUGAAGCCAAUGACAAAGCUGAUAAGCAAAUUAUGCAAAUUCGCAUGAUUUUGAAUAAAUCAGAGCAAGGCCAUCAACGAGAAAUUCAUUCGCAAUCACUUCAACAUGAACGACAAAUGGAUCAAUUGAAGGUUGAAUUUGAAGAGAAAGAAGCUGAAAUGAAGAUGAACUACGAAGAAAAAGUUGAAGCCAUAAAACGCAAGUCUGUGGAAGACAUAAGCAACUACAAAGCUGAAAUGAUAGCCAAAAUAAAACGAGAAUAUGAAACUAAUUAUGAGAAAUUCAAGGCAGAAAAGGAGGAUGAGCAACAAGAUAUUCAGCGAAAUUACAAACGAAAAUUAUCCAAUGCGGAGAGUAAAAUACGCGAUAUGGAAAUACUGCAUGAGCGCGAGAUCAAAGACUUACAAAAUGCCCACUCAAUGGAACGAUCUUCACUUGAAAAACGUGAUCUGCAAAAUUCUCAGGAAAUCGAAACACUGCAUAGAAAAUGUCGAUGCCUUACCAAAUUGUUUGAAGAGAUGCGAAUAAGAUACGAAAGACGAGAGCCGCGUGCUGAAGAUGUACGUACAAUAGAAGAACUUAAAGGAAUUAUUGAGGCACAAGAUAAAGAUUUACGGCUGCUCACCGAAAAAUUGCGUGCAACUCAAAUGCACCAAAAUGGCAUAAUGUAUAAACAAAUGAAUUUUGAACAACCAGAAAUUAUGAUGGAAGACAUGCAACCGCCACAGUCACCAUCAAAUUCGAGAAAAAUGAAGAAAUCAAUUCUUAAAUGUGACGUUAUUUAUGAAGAAUCUGAAAAUGAAGAAGAGGAAUCUCAAACGAUUUCAGCUUAAAGCCACGUUUUUAUUUCACAAACUGAGUUUCGUUUAGUUAGAAAAUCAGCCUUCGUUUUUUUCAUUAUCAUUUUAUUUUAUUUCAAUA